AAUCUUUAUCCUGCACAUUCCUAUUUAGGUAAUCCUGUAACCGCACACCUUUUGCCUUGCACGACUCCACCUGAAGUUAUAACUUACUCUUCACCGCCCCACUAGAGGGGGGACAUAAGUGCAACCCACCCUCCUCAUGUCGCACAGCCACACUGUGUUUAAACAACCGCUAUCAAAGAAAGUGCGCGUGGAGGUUGUUUACGAGACAUCGCCGGUGUUUGCCAAGGAGGAGCUUUCGCUCAUUGUGCGCUUUAAGAACGUCCUCCUGCCCACGUUUGACGACUUUGAUAUCCGCAGAAACGGCUCAGAUUCCGGAUCCACCCAAGAUGUGGCCUCCAUCACCACGACCAAAGAAGAUGCAAAGGCCGAGUCAUGGUUUGGUACCCGGCUCUCCAUGCAAUUCUCCAGCGCCAAACGCCUACUUAUGCAAAGGGAGAUCGAAACGAUUGAGGAUGAAGACCUUUCAGAAACAAUUCUUCUUGGAUACAUCCAACUUUUUGGCAACCUUUCCCUUAAUGAAGAGAUUAUGAACCCCGAGCCAUUCGAAGCGGUGCAGAAAAAAGCAAUUGUGGGGGGUCGAAUGGCGGGGAUUACAGGAUUGGAGGUAUCGCGGGCACCGAAGCCGUUCUUUUCCUCACGCGACGAACUUGCCAACCGAAACAACGUGGCAACGUCAGAGUUUCUCCAGGGCAACAUUAUUCCCUUGUUUUCCUCGCCUCAGUCACUUCUCUUCACAGAGAUUACGUUGCAUCCUGGGGAGACCCGGAGUUUCCAUUUCAAAACUGCCUUGCCGCAGGAUAUUCCACCAACGUACCACGGGGGCGCGGUGGAUGUGUCAUACCAGGUGAUUGUGGGCUCACUGGAUGCGCUGCUAGUGAGGAAAUCGCUCUUCUUCCCGUUCAAACUUCACCCGUGGCUCGACCGCUGGGGCAACCAGCCUCAGUACACGCUCAUGGAUCCCAUCAUCGUCGUGAGGGACGAAGCGACUAUCACAGAGAUCAAGUCCCACCGCAAGCCCAGUUUCAAGGCGUUGCACAAAAAUAGCGCCACCGAGACUGAGAGCCAGGCGGAGCUCGAGCGCAAGACAGAGUUUCUCGCUCAGUUAAAGAAACUCGACUCCAGAAGACAAUCCAUCAGCGAGGUCCAUCCAAACGGGACACACCUCACCGUUCGCGAGAGCAUCUUUCUCCUCGCAGACAACCUAGCAGUGGGAGAUGUUCAGAAUACGGAGGUUGCCGGUUUGUCUCCGCAGAUCGGCCGUAGCCAACGCAAAUUCAAGAUCUCGCGGAAGAGCGUGCCGAUAGCCACAGUGACGCUAGGAAAGGCGGUGGUUAAGCUUGGUGAGGAUAUCCAAGUUUUCGUAGAUUUCAGCAAGGACACCCCCGUCUGGAAGACGUCCGGGCUCGUAGUGUCGCUCUGCUUGAUGGAGGACAUCCGGUCGGUGUACUUGGCAGAUCCAUCCUCCAGCAGCCCCACGGCGUCGCAGCAGAACAAAACGUGCGUCGAUUCGGUGGCCCUCAACACGCUUGACUGCCAGCAGGCUGCCGCAGUGGUCCAUGUUCCGCUAGCAGCGACCUCACAGUUUCAGUCAGACGUUGUAGACGUUUCCUGGAAGUUGGAGUUUGAGUUUGUGCUCUUGAGUCUGGAAAAGGAUGGAUCGGUGUACAAGCUAGCGAGAGACGAUUCCAACGGGACGUUGUUUGUGGACAGCGGUGAUUUGAGCGGGUUUAUGUUGAACGUGGCUGUUCCGAUUACCGUGCUUCCUUCCGAUCAGGAGCUAGUGGGGGUUGUGUUUGAAGAUUAGGGGUGAGCUUAGGAGGUCGGAGCCUGGGCAACACUAAGGUGAAAGUCCGUUAUGGCCUACUUAUCUGAGAUCUGGUUUGCAUCCAUCUCACAGUAUAGAUUUACUUGAAAGGUCUGGACUAUCUGCCGGUAAGAUGUGUCGGGAAGACAAAGAGUUCCCCUGUGAGAUAUUCCUAUGAAGCAGUCAUUGUUUGAAAUAUUUGUGAUUCAGAAAUCUUGACCUACAGUUGUACAUUUGGCCUCCAGUAUUUAUUACCGCUUUACUGUAUGGUCUCAUUUUUAAGAUUGACGAUA